CAAAGGAGCAAUAAGAUCACGGCUGGCGCAAUGAGUGACGAGGAAGAUGCCAACAUUCCCGAUGCAGACACAUGUCAAGCCAGAUGUGUCGAGUUUGCCAAGAUUACCGGAACGGACGAGGCAUGCGCCCAAUUUUUCCUGCAAGAUCACGAUUGGGACCUUUCUAGGUCGCUGAACUCGUAUUUCGAAGCCCGAACGACCGGCGGUGGUGUGCACGUCGUCCCUGGAAGUUCGGAGGCAUCAGCGAUCAUUACCAUCGACGAUGCGGCCGCAUCAGCCUUGGAGAAUGACCGAAAGAGGCCCAGGGCAUCGGACGGCGAUAGCUCUGAUAGUGCAGACACCUCGAGGCCGAAACUGACCGCCACCCCGCCCAAGAGGUUCUCCUUUAUCACUUGGAAUAUAGAUGGCCUGGACGACAGAAGUCUCAAGAAGAGGAUGAAAGCCGUCUGUAAGAUAAUUGAAACUGAGGCUCCGGAUAUCGUCUUUCUGCAAGAGUUGACGCCGAACACGUACCUGUACAUCGAGGCCAAGCUGCCGCAGUACGAGCUGUUCUCGGCGGGCGCCGACCGCGGCUACUUCACGGCCACGCUGCUGCGCAAGUUCCGCGUCUACUCGGACGGCCACCGGGUCAUCGAGUACGCGCACACCUCCAUGGGGCGCAACCUCCUCUGUGUGGAGGCACACAUCGGGCCUCUGAAGCUCACGCUGCUCAAUACUCACCUGGAGUCCACAAAGGCGCACUCUGAUACCCGGAUGCAACAGCUCCGGGACUGCUUCUCCCGAGUCAGCGCGACGAGCCCCGAGCGCGUGACCAUCUUCGCCGGCGAUCUCAACCUCAGGGAUCACGAGAUGAAGUCGGUGGGCGGCCCGCCUGCGGGCGUGUCCGACCUCUGGGAGCGCUGCGGCCGACGGAGGGAGGUCGAGUUCACAUGGGACACCCAGCGCAACACCAACAAGGAGAUGCCGGGACGCUUCAAACCGCGGCUGCGUUUCGACCGGGUGUACCUGCGCGACGCGGGCCGCGUGACGCCCGUGCACUUUGGUCUGGUCGGCCUGGAGAAAGUAACGGACACGCAGAGCUUUCCCAGUGACCACUGGGGCAUCCAGGUGUACUUCAGUAUCGACCAGUAGCAGAGCACGGGUAUGAACCGAUGGCCGAGCCGGUUCAACGUCGCGUGAUUGUGGCUGAAGAAGACUUGAUUGUGAUGUGAUUGUGAUAAAGAGAUUGCAAAUGAUCACAGGAAGUUUUUUGUCUCUUUUUUUCUAUGCGAUGGCAUAUCCAAAUAGUGCCAAAAGUUUGUCGCCGUCAUCCAUUCCGCUAUGCUUUUGAUAGGCUGUAGAUGUAGAUGAGCAUUGUAAAUCAACUUUUUGUGUAGCCUUGAAUACAACUUUGCAUUUUAUCAUAAA